UGCUGUUUGUCCACGGCACUGUCUCCUUUCCUGCCCAGCUCAUGUUAGCUCGCUUGAAAACAGACUACGACAACUGCAGUGCGACAAGAUAACCACGUGAGGGCGCUGUUGCACACAUAAUGCUGCACUGAACUACAAUCAUCUCUUCAGCCCUGGCUAUGGUGAUGCUGGGGGCAAAAAAGCAGCACAACCGUACAGAUGUCACAGAACACAAAUCUGCCUUCAGCUGAUUAUUUGAAUCUCACUCGUGACUUGAAGAAGAGUGUCCAUCCGUCCACAAAAUGGCAUCAACAACUGAUCUACCAAAGGCCAACACCUCCUUCUGUCUGGAUUUGUUGAAAAAGUUGAGCGAGGAGGACAAGACGGGGAAUGUUUUUUACUCUCCUUUCAGCAUCUCUUCAGCUCUGGCCAUGGUGAUGAUGGGAGCUGGAGGAAACACAGCCAACCAGAUGUCAGAGGUCCUCUGCUUCACUGAGAAACAGCCACCAACAGAGGCUGAAGAAGAACAGUCGCAGAUGCAGAUGCAGAUGCAGUCCCAGUCCCAGACGGGGUUGCAGGUGGCGAUGCAGAUGCAGAUGGAGACACGGAUGCAGAUGCGAAUGCGGAUGCAGCAGUCUUCCAGACUGCCAGGAUAUCUGCGCCGGUGCCUGAAACCCCAGAAUGGUCAAGAUGAUGUCCACGCUAAGUUUGCUAAACUACUGAGUGAUCUCAACAAGGCAGAUGCACCGUACACCCUCAGUGUGGCCAACAGGUUGUAUGGGGAGCAGUCCUACCAGUUUGUUAAGGAUUUCUUAGCAGAAACCAAAAAGCACUACAGCGCUGAGCUGGAGUCUGUCGACUUCAAAACCAAUGCUGAGGAGGCCAGGGUCAACAUCAACAGCUGGGUGGAGAAGCAGACGCAAGAUAAAAUCAAGAACUUGUUGGCUGAGGGUGUUGUGGAUAACGCGACCAAGAUGGUACUCGUCAAUGCCAUCUACUUCAAAGGCACCUGGGACAAACAGUUCAAGGAGGAAGAAACAUAUGAUGCUCAGUUUAAAUUGAACAAGAAUGACACGAAGCCGGUGAAGAUGAUGAGACAGAAAAGUGAAUAUCGUCUCUUGAAGAUUGAUGAUCCUGACAUCAACUGUAAGAUCCUAGAGAUGCCCUACAAAGGGAACGACCUCAGCAUGCUCAUCUUCCUGCCUAACGAGAUAGAGGAUGACACCACAGGCCUGGAGAAGCUGGAGAAGGCGCUGACCUAUGAAAAAUUUAACGAGUGGACGAGUCCAGACAUGAUGAUAAAAGAUGAGGUGAAUGUGAGCCUGCCUCGAUUCAAGAUGGAGGAGAAGUAUGACCUGAACGAUGUCCUGAUCAGCAUGGGCAUGAAGGAUGCUUUUAAUGUUGGAAUGAGUGACUUCUCCGGCAUGUCUCCUGCCAACGACCUGUUCCUGUCAAAAGUCGUCCACAAAGCCUUCGUGGAGGUCAACGAGGAGGGAACCGAGGCUGCUGCUGCCACUGGUGCCGUUGUGACCGUCCGCUCUGCAAAGAUUACUGAAACAUUCAUCGCAGACCACCCCUUCCUCUUCUUCAUCCGACAUAAUGACUCCAAGAGCAUUCUCUUCGCUGGACGGUUCUGCUCCCCUUAGUGAGUGAAACUGUACGUCCUGUAGACAUGGACAGAUUAUGAGUCAAUGGGCCUCUGGGCACAGACAUGUAAAAAAUUCCCAUGGCAUUACAUUUUCUAUUUAAUUUUCUUUUUCACAGUGGGGUUGAAUCUUGUUCAAAUCUUUUGGAUAAAUGCAUGAAUCUGUCCUCAUACUUUAUACACUCCCACAUUCCACUGUCACUACACAGUGAUUGCAGUUGUUUCCCUCGUUCUGUUCAUUGCAGUGGUGUUUGUGCUCAAACACAAAUUUUAAACUCAACACAUUUCUUGCCGGUCAUGAAUAAGUAUGUGUUUUCCUGUAUUUGACUCAAAAUGUUUUGUUACCUCUAUCUUUUGGCCAUCUCAGUGUUGUAUGAUUCAAAAUGUUUUCCUCUUUAUCUGGAAAAAAUGUAUAAAUCUGUCAUUGAUACUGAGUGAAUAAAGGUAGAAUAGAAUAGUAUUGAACAGAAGCACCAAUAGCUUCUUCCAAACCUGUGUGACACUACAUUGAGGAACCCACAGUAUUGUAGUAUCACCAUUCUAAGUGCAAUUAUCUCUACUGUAAUUACAUUAUAUGCACACAAAAAACAGAGUGAAGACAAACGAGUUCAGAGUUUACUACUGCCACUGAAUGCAAACUAUGUUCUUUACCUUGACAAACUGAAUAAAGAGUGAGGUAUGAAUCAG